UUACCAAUUGUUAUUAGCGAUGUCAACAAAAUAUUCUUUUUAUUGCAAAAAUUUGCUGCUUUUGCUAAUAAUUAUUAUAGGUUCAAUUAAAAGCGCAACUAGCCUGCAUCGCACUUUGAGAUACUAUGAAGUGAUUCAUAGAGACGCCAUAGAACAUCGCAUAAUCAAACGUGGUACUAAGUCCAGCUCUCAUCCAUUUAAUGUUAUAAAAGAGAUCGAAUUUAAUACAUUGGGAAAAAAUUUUCGAUUAAUAUUACAUCCGCAUCGCGAAGUCUUGCACAGUAAAUUUAAAGCCUAUGCUGUCGAUGGUGAUGGCAAUGAAGCCAUUGUUCAUUUAGAUCAUGACAACUUUUAUAGUGGCCGUGUGUUUGGCGAGCUGGACUCCUCUGUCCGAGCUCAUAUUGAAGACGGUAUCAUGACCCUUUCGAUUAAUUUGGCUGAUGAAAUCUAUCAUAUAGAGCCUUCAUGGCGCCUUUUACCAACUGCCGUAAACCAUACUAUGAUCUCUUAUCGCGCUUCAGAUGUUAAGUCAAGUUUCAAGCAUCCCGGAGAUGUCGAUUCUCCUCUAACAUGCGGUAUUAAGGAGGGCGCAGAACUUGAAAUUUAUGAUGAUGACGUCGAUGAAGAGAUGCAAACCUACAAUUAUGAUAUAAAAAACAAUUUUUGGUCUUCCAAUCAAAGUAAAUCCCGUAAACGCACCAAACGCCAAACUGAUCAAUAUGAAUAUACACCUACCAAGACCCGAUGCCCACUUCUUCUAGUCGCGGACUAUAGAUUUUUUCAAGAAAUGGGCGGAGGUAAUACAAAGACUACUAUAAAUUAUUUGAUCAGUCUCAUCGAUCGUGUUCAUAAAAUUUACAAUGACACCGUUUGGCAAGAUCGUUCGGAUCAAGAGGGUUUUAAAGGCAUGGGUUUCGUUAUAAAAAAAAUUGUAGUACAUUCUGAACCGACUCGUUUACGCGGAGGUGAAGCUCAUUACAACAUGAUAAGAGAAAAAUGGGAUGUACGUAACUUAUUGGAGGUCUUUUCACGUGAAUAUAGUCAUAAAGAUUUUUGCUUAGCACAUCUAUUUACGGACUUAAAAUUUGAAGGUGGUAUUUUAGGUUUGGCUUACGUUGGCUCACCGAGACGUAAUUCCGUAGGCGGCAUUUGUACACCAGAAUACUUCAAAAAUGGUUAUACGUUAUAUUUGAAUUCGGGUUUGAGUAGUUCCCGCAAUCAUUAUGGCCAGCGCGUGAUAACUAGAGAGGCUGAUCUAGUUACUGCUCAUGAAUUUGGACAUAAUUGGGGCUCCGAACAUGAUCCUGAUAUACCCGAAUGUUCACCAAGCGCAUCACAAGGAGGCAGCUUUCUUAUGUACACUUAUAGUGUUAGCGGUUACGAUGUCAAUAACAAGAAAUUUUCUCCAUGCUCGUUACGAUCAAUACGUAAAGUUCUUCAAGCCAAAUCAGGUCGUUGUUUCUCUGAACCUGAAGAAUCCUUUUGCGGUAAUUUGCGUGUAGAAGGUGAUGAACAGUGCGACGCUGGUCUUUUAGGCACUGAAGACAAUGACGCUUGUUGCGACAAGAAUUGCAAGCUCAGACGAAACCAAGGGGCAGUAUGCAGUGAUAAAAAUUCACCCUGUUGUCAGAGUUGUCAAUUUAUGCCAGGCGGUGUUAAAUGUCGUGAACAAGUCUAUGCUACAUGCGAGCGGGAAGCUCGUUGUACCGGCACGCAUGCUGAGUGCCCAAAAUCACCCGCAAUGGAUGACGGUACAAUAUGCCAAGAACGCGGCCAAUGUCGGAAUGGCAAAUGCAUUCCCUACUGCGAAACACAAGGGCUACAAAGUUGCAUGUGCGACAUAAUACAAGACGCUUGCAAAAGAGAGUUCCUCCAUGAGUCUGACUUAAUGUACUGUUCCAGCUUCAAGUGCUUCGGACAUAAUUGCCCGACUGAACCGUCCGUGACAUCUAUUUCAUAGUCAUUAUUGCAAUAAAGAAGUUUUUCUUGAUAUAAAGGCCUUACACCGGAAAGACUGACGGUUCGUUUCGUCAUAGAUAUCGAUUCAAGGAUAUUCGUGAAGACUCUACAUUGAUUGGUAACGAAAUUACGCAGAGGGAUUGAAUUUAACUUAACGCCUUAACUUUAGUUGACUCCCUAGCAGUAUGAAAAAGAGCUCCUUCGGAGACGGGCCAUUAACCAUUAGGGGGUGUCGAUCCAGUACGACGAUUCAACAUUCUAUUUAUCGAAUGUCGGUACAAGACGUGCAAUCUUAGACCAGAUUAAAAAUCAUCGGUAUAUUGAGAAAUAUUGGUUUUGUUGUCUUGAAGGUCAAGCAACUUAGCUGUAUAUAGUUUGAAGAGGAUGGGGCUCAAGCAAUUGGUUUUGGGCUUAUCUAGCCCUUACCAAAAUAAAUAGAAAGUUUAGUGUCCACGGAUAUAUUUGAAGAGCGAUUGGAAACUUUAAAAGAGUGAGAACAUUUUCUUGCGACUAUCAAUAAGCAGAAUACAUCCAAAUAAGAAUCAGUACAACAUAAGCGAAUCAAUUUUAGAAUGAAAUUUUAUGUAAACCUGAGUAAACCCUUUCAUUAAAUUAAUUUAAUAUUAAUGCUUGGAAUU